CCAAAGCAACAGCGUCCCGUGGUCCGUGUUGACACUCUGGAGCAGGAGAUUGCUUAGUUGCUUCUUUUUUUUGCUGUAGUUUUUUUUCGUGGGUUGGAUUGAAGAUGGGCAGGAACCUGUUUACAAGGAACACGCAGCAAGUUUGAGUCCCGAGUGUGUGUGUGUGUGUGUGUGUGUGUGUGUGUGUGUGUGUGUGUGUGUGUGUGUGUUUGGGGCUCACAAUGCGCAGGGAACCCGUCCCCCAUCCCUCCGCGGGGCCACUCCAUGCCGGACUCGAGGAUCACUUCUCGGCUCCGUGAUGAGAAAACUAAUGUCCGGAUUCCACGGCGAGGUUGCCGGUCCUUUUUUCUGAGGAUUAAAAGCACCGACGGAGUUCUUUUGGUGAAACCGUUUUUUUUGUGUGCGCGCGCGCGUGUGUGUGCGUGUUUGAACCUGUUGUGUUUGGGAUGUGAAAGGAGGAAGAUAGUCCAAUUGUUGCUCCUGUUCAUGCGUCGUAGAGCGGUUAUAGCGUGGACUAGGCAGUCAACAAUAGAACUCGAGCCUCAAUGGGCUGAGGAUACACUUUGUGUGUGUGUGUGGGUUGGGGUGGGGGGGUGGGGAGGCAGAUAGAAGUAAUAUUUUUUACAUAAACUGUUGACUUCUGUGUCAGCAGUCAAAUGUGCUGAAGUUACACUAUGCGGUUGCACACCUGAUGCGCCAGCUGCCAUGUAAUAUGAGAUGAGUUUAAAUAUUACAGUGAGCUCUGUGUCCGGACGCUUCCAUCACGCCAUGCAUCCAGACGGCAGCGUCCGUAUGACGCCACGCACCAUGUGCAUGUAGAUUUUUUCUUCUUUUUCUUCUUCUUCCGGUUUCCUUUUCGGACCCCACUGGAGACGUCGCGAUGUCGGCGAAAGCCAAAGCCAAGGCGAUCUACACGUUUCAGAGCGAAAACAAGGCGGAGAUCAGCAUCCUGGAGAACGAGGAACUGGUCAUCUUCGACGAGAACUCGGUGGACGGCUGGUUCCAGGGGGAGAACAGCCGCGGGGAGAAGGGCCUCUUCCCCGCGUCCUACGUGGAAAUCAUCCGCAUGCGCUCCAACUCCAACGCGACCGACUGCUCCAUCAGCCCGGCGGGAUCUCUGGGGAACGACUCCUUGUAUUUCCCGUCGCCCCCGAACCCGCCGCUGCCGGGUUACGACGACGACGACGACGACGACUGGGACGACUGGGACGACCGAUCCACCGUGGUGGACGACGGGGAGCGCGGCAGGAGCCCCGGGGCCAACGGGCACGCCCGCCGCCCGCCGUCCAGCAACCCCAACGUGCACUACCGGGCCAAACCGCACAUGGAGAGGCAGGACAGCGUCUCCAGCUCGCGGAAGUCCAGCGUGGUGGGCCGGAACCUCAACAGGUUCUCCAGCUUCGUCCGCUCCGGGGUGGAAGCGUUCGUGUUGGGCGACGUGCCCAUGAUGGCCAAGAUGGCCGAGUCCUACACCGUGCAGAUGGGACCCGCGGGGCCCCUGUGGCAGGAGAGCCCGCAGCCGUUCUCCUGCUCCAUCGAGGACCCCACCAAACAGACCAAGUUCAAGGGCAUCAAGACCUACAUCUCGUACCGGGUCACGCCGAGCCACACGGGGCGCCCCGUCUACCGGCGCUACAAACACUUCGACUGGCUGUACAACCGCCUGCUGCACAAGUUCACCGUGAUCUCGGUGCCCCACCUGCCCGAGAAGCAGGCCACGGGGCGCUUCGAGGAGGACUUCAUCGAGAAGCGCAAGCGGCGGCUGGUCCUGUGGAUGAACCACAUGACCAGCCACCCGGUCCUCUCCCAGUACGAGGGCUUCGAGCACUUCCUGAUGUGCGCCGACGACAAGCAGUGGAAGCUGGGCAAGAGGCGGGCGGAGAAGGAGGAGAUGGUGGGCGCCCACUUCAUGCUGACCCUGCAGAUCCCCAACGAGCACCAGGACCUUCAGGACGUGGAGGAGCGGAUCGACACCUUCAAGGCCUUCGCCAAGAAGAUGGACGACAGCGUGAUGCAGCUCACGCACGUCGCCUCGGAGCUGGUGCGGAAGCACCUGGGCGGCUUCCGGAAGGAGUUCCAGCGGCUGGGGAACUCGUUCCAGUCCGUGAGCCUGGCGUUCGCGCUGGACCCCCCCCACGGCUCGGAGGCCCUCAACAAAGCCGUCUCCCACACGGGCCGCACCUACGAGAACAUCGGGGAGAUGUUCGCGGAGCAACCGAAGAACGACCUCUUCCACAUGCUGGACAAGCUGUCGCUGUACCAAGGCCUGCUCGUCAACUUCCCCGACAUCAUUCACCUGCAGAAAGGUCUGCAACGCUGCUCCUGCUGCUGCUGCUGGGGCACAUGGUAAAAACGUUAUGGCCCAAAGUGCCAGCAGAUGUCCAUUAAAAAAACAAAAAAAAACAAGAUGCUGAGCGAAGGGGAAGGAGCAGUUUCAUGUCUGCGUAGCCUCGGGAGGAAAAGUGCACCUCCAGCCCCCGGAUGGGACGCCUCGGAGGACACGACGUACCCAGAGUCCUCGUUUGUUUGCCGUAAUGAAAGAACAAAUCAGUCUGAGGACAGAAGCAAAUGUGCGAAGGUUCAACUGUUUGACUGCAGACAUGAAUCACACUUAUUCAAACAUGUCAAAACUCCAAGUUUUAAACCCCAAAGUUUCCAGAAGUAAGUUUCCCCAAAGAGUUUUGUCUGUAUGUGAAGCCCCCAAAAGGGGAUUAUUGCGUUAAAAGUGUCAUCACUAUCGCUUUUCAUGGUUGACCUGUAGAGGAAUGACAUGGACGUGACCUCGGAGGUGCAGAGGAUUACAGCGUCCUCCUCCUCCUCCUCCUCCUCCUCCUUGAGCAUGUGAAAGAAAAAAAGGCAACAGAUGGUCAAAUCAACACACAUGGUGGGUUUGGUAAUCCCGCCUCCUCGGCUCAACGUUCAGACCAGUUUGGGGAGUUAGUUUGGGAGAGGAGUCUGGGCACUGCCAGUCUUUGAGGUUGGUUAUUUCCCCUUUAGGGUAUUACCGAUAUGAGCUACAUAUAUAUUUCAACCUUUCCGGAGAGAUCACGGUUAGUAUUUCCUCCUCAUUGCAGACGUUUUAAGCUUGUAAUCUUGUCAAAUUAAGCAAUAUCCUCUGGUAAAGGUGCACCGUGAAAUAGCCAGAGCCAGCUGCUCCAAAGAAACAGGGGGCAGAAUGUCAUCUCUAUACAAUCUUAAAUGUAGAUAAGUAUAAAAGUUAUGUGAGAUUGAGUAUUGGUCUGUGGAGAAGAAAGGGGCCAACACUGAGGUUAAAGGUCACAGCGUCACUGGCUCCACAAUGUUUGAUGACAUGAGGUCACCUUCUGGGAUAAAAGUAUCAACCUCGGG